AUGAAGCUUUGUAUCUUUUUAGGCAUACUAGCCCUAUUCUUGUAUUUAAAACACAUACAAAGAUCCAAGAUUUGUGCUGAGCUGUCCCCUGGUGUGUUUGACCCAGCUGCUGUUCACCUGCUGAACGCCACAUGUGUACGCAGACUUAAAAUACAUGGAGCUCAAUUCUUGUAUUGUCCUAUCUGUACACCUCGAUUGUGGUGGUACACAGAUCAGUAUAUUGUGCAUGUACAUCUCUACGUAAGCUUGAAAUGCAGUGCACAAGCAAACAUGAAGCAGGAUGGUGUGACCCUAAUUCUUCCCAUUUCAUGUGCAUUUCAAACAUCAGCACAGGGCAGCUUUUUUACAUCACAGGUGAAUUCAUAA